AUGAAUUCAAACAGUUUAAACGAAAGCUCAACCGAUUCCUCUUCAUCUUCAUCUAACUCGGAUGAUGAGGGAAGGGAGCUUAGAGUUCAACAACGUAAUGAAGUGUGUCUUAUGAUACAACACGUAAUGCAUGAGUACAUUCCACCAAUUAUUCAAGCUGCCACUCAGCAACGCCGACGCAAAUCUACUGAGCCCCGAAAGGAUAGGGGACGCGAAGAAGGUCAUGCACGGUUAUACAAUGACUAUUUCGCGGAAGUCCCAGUUUAUCCAAGUUCCUUGUUCCGGCGCCGGUUUCGAAUGCGUAAACAUGUGUUUGAGCGCCUUCUCAACGCAGUGACCCAACAUGACCCCUGGUUUCAACAAAGGCGAGAUGCGACAGGUCGUCUUGGUUUGUCUCCACUUCAAAAGUGCACUGCGGCCGUUAGACAACUAGCUUACGGGUGUGCUUCAGACGCUUGUGACGAGUAUGUCCGUAUAAGUGAGGCAACUUCACGAUUGGCACUCCAAAAGUUUACAGAAGGUGUCAUCAACCUGUUCGGUGAUCAGUACCUACGCCGUCCAAACAUCGCAGAUAUGGAAAGAUUGCUACGUAUUGGGGAAGAACGUGGAUUUCCUGGCAUGAUAGGCAGCAUUGAUUGUAUGCACUGGGAGUGGAAGAACUGUCCACACGCAUGGAAGGGGCAGUAUCAAGGAAGAGAAGGAGUUGCAACUCUCUUAUUGGAGGCAGUUGCGGACAGAGAUCUAUGGAUAUGGCAUUCGUUCUUUGGGAUGCCAGGUAGCUGCAACGAUAUUAAUGUGCUUCAUCGAUCCCCUGUGUUCGAAGACGUCUUAGAGGGUCGAACACCUCCUGUGAACUUCGUAGUCAAUGGUCAUCAUUAUACGAAUGGGUAUUAUCUUACUGAUGGAAUCUACCCUAGAUGGGCUUCUUUUGUGAAAUCCAUUACGAGUCCACAAACUCGUCAGGAUCGUUUAUUCGCAAAACACCAGGAAGCUGCAAGGAAAGACGUUGAACGCGCAUUUGGGGUCCUUCAAGCUCGUUUUGCCAUUAUUAAAAAGCCGUCUUUGGCGUGGGAUACCGACAUACUCCACAAUAUCAUGCUCGCCUGCAUCAUGAUACAUAAUAUGAUCGUUGAAGAUGAACGAGAGACGUAUCAAAAUAACGUUAAUACCAAUGAGUUUAUGAAUGCUGGAGGCAACGCUAAUGAGGACACUACCGAGUACCGUACUGAUCGUAUUGUGGAUAUCGACUUAUACUUGUCUCGUAGAACAGAGAUUGAGGAUCAAUAGACUCAUUUGCAGCUAAAAAACGACUUGGUCGAACAUAUAUGGAAUAAAUUUGGUAACAACGAAAACUUAGGCAACUAGGUUUACAACAAAUGGUUAUCCCUAAGGGCAUCUUACAAAACGAUGUGUAGUUGUUUUUUUUUUUUAAAUAAAAUGUACUAGAUUAUAGUUGUAGAACUGUAAUCACGAUUUGUACCUCUUUUUUUUUGUUAAUUAAAAUUAGCUGCGUUGUUGUUUAAAAAAUAUUAAUCACAAGAAUUAG